AUGGAUAAUAGCAGUACUGGUAACAGCAAUGCUUCAGAUAUUGGUUGCUCCUUUGAUGCUAAUCUGUACAAGCAGAUCACAGGCUCCAUCCUUUUUGCUAUAGUUUGGCCAUUUGUUGUACUUGAUAUGAAAUGGUUUCCUCUUGGAAGGCCAGCUGCUGCUCUAGUUGGAGCUGCUUUAAUGGUACUGUUUCAAGUCAUCUCUCAAAAUGAUGUCUACGAGAUUGAGGGACAGAAGGGAAACUUGCAAACCAUGUUCCUCCUUGUUGGAAUGAUGAUGCUUUCGCAUUAUUACGACCGCGAAGGAAUUCUAAAGGUAGUGAUGCUCAAAAUAUUUGGUCAGAACAAACCGUUUCGAUCGAUAAUGUGGAAAGUUUGUUUGAUGUCUGCUUUGCUGGCUUCUUUCAUUACAAACGAUGCUACCUGUCUUGUUGUUACGCCCCUCAUUCUUACCGAAUUCAUCAAACAAAAGCGUGACACCUGGGAGCUGUUACCAUUGUGUCUUAGUAUAGCAACAUCUGCUAACAUUGGGAGUUCUGCUACAAUAUUUGGCAAUCCACAAAAUGCUUUCAUUGCUUCUAAAGCUGGCGUUACAUUGCUUCAGUUUUUCAUAGCAGAGCUCCCAGCAGCUAUAUUAGGUUUGUCACUUAAUAUUGGGUUGAUAUACUUGUUUAUAUUUAUACGCAAGAAGAUCCUCAAAAGUAAAGAAGGCGAAUUGCACAUUACUGAACCAUCCAUUGAUAACAGAGAUACUGCAAAGCAUGGUGGGCAAAUAUUUAUCUUGGAGGAAAGGGAAGCAAUUGCAAAGGGUUUUGAAGGUCCAGAGGACCCAACCACUGCCUCUAUAUGUAGUGGGGUUUCACUGCAUAAAGAGAGAGAAGCAAAUGCAGCAAGUUUUGAUCAAUGUGAGGAAACAGGUGGCACAUCAGGGAUAAUGCACAAGAGCACCGGUUUGCCUGCUGGAAUGGCUACAAGUUCAGAGAAUGUUAGUAAAGAUGAAACAACAAUUAAUAAAACAUUUCCUGAUAGCGUUACAAAAGGAAGUUCAUUUCAAGAUGAAGCUAAUAAUAACAAGGAUAAGAAUAAAAAGUUUCGCGCUAUUCGUCAAAAAAUAUUUCUCGUUUGGCUAAUUUUUGUGACUCUACUGAUGAUUGUGUUACUUGCAAUACCACAUUCAGUGGCUGACUUCAAUCUUGGCUGCAUUCCAUUGGCUGCUAGCAUUUUUACAAUGCUGAUGGACACUAUUCUCAAUCGCAAGUAUGCAUAUGAUGUCAUGGUCAAGAUCGAUUGGACUGUCAUUCUAAUGUUCAUGGGUCUCUUUGUUUGGCUCAGGGGCUUUCAAAGCACCUGCUUUCCCUAUAUUGUUUUCAAGCACCUAGCCCCAUACAUGAACCUACAUACAAUUGAAGGAGUGCUACUAUUCUCUGUCUUUGUCAUUAUUGGUUCUAAUAUAUUUAGUAAUGUCCCACUGGUCAUACUCAUUGUUAAUCGUAUCUCUGGUCUCUGUGGUGAUGCACCUUGUGAAGGACCAUUAGGCGGGCUAUUGCUGGCAUGGAUCUCAACCAUAGCUGGCAAUUUCACUCUCAUUGGAAGCGUUGCUAAUCUAAUUGUUGCAGAGAAGGCUCGUAGUUCGGCUAACUUCCGUGUCACAUUUUUGGGCUACCUUGUUUUUGGGUUUCCAUCUACAUUGCUCAUUAUCUACGUAUGCCUCCCUGUUGUUUAUUACAUGGGACUGCUUGCUGCUAAAAUUUAA